AUGGACGAUUCGUCAAACAAAAAAUUUUUUUGGAUCGCUGUUAUCAUUAUUUCCGGCUGGAAUAUGGGCUCAAUCUUCAUUUUGAUGAUAACAAGAUAUCGCACAGAUUCCACUUCAAUUGGGGUAACGACUACAUAUAUCCAUUGGUCGAAUACAUUUCCAGGCAUCAGCAUUUGCCUCGUCAAGAAUAAGCCAACAGAGGCGUUUACACAGGCAAUAAGGCAACGAGCACCCCCCGAUAAAAAAAUUGAAAAUAUUUAUGUGAAAAACAUAUAUGAGUACCUCUUCUUGAUACCAGAAAAUAGCAAUAUUAAAGAAGCUUAUUGCAAUGGUUGGAAUUCAACUUGCGGAGUUAACAUUUUGGAAAUGAGAAAGGAGUUUCUUGCACAAUCGUGCAAGACCAUAAUUAAAGAACUUUAUUUCGGCAAUAAGUUGAUUGAAGAUUGCGAAUCAAUAUUCAAUUUUCAUGAGCUCGAAGUUGGAAACUGUUUUCUCGCCAACAAUUUAAUGGACUAUAAAACCAUCGAAAAAUUACCAUUAAAAUAUACAUCGUCCGAUAAAGUACGCAAUGUAACAAUAGUUCUACAUAAUGAUCUGCUAUACAAAUAUCAAUUAUAUAUUCACAGUCCUGAGGAUUUACCAUAUUUUAAUGCAGAAGUCUUUUCGGUAACAACCAGGCCUACAGUCUACAGUUUUAAUAUUGAAGAGCUGCACAACAAUAUCGAAGUUAUUGAUGAAAAGGUCAAUCAACGCAUGUGCAAAUUUCCACAGGAAACUCCACAUUCAAGAUUCGUUUAUAGCUUUUCAACCUGCAUGUCUCGAAUUAGAAUGCAAAUGGAGAUCGAUGCUUGCAAUUGCUCUGUUUUUAAUGCCCAAGACGGUGUCAAUUACUGCGAUAUCAAAGGAGUCAAAUGUUUGCAGGAUGCUAACAUAUCGAAUAAAGUAAAGGAUUACGUGAGCAUUAAUUUGGUUUGCUUACCUUCAUGCAUGGAACAACAGAUAAGUUUUGUCGGAACAAUAGAGAAGGGUACUGAACAAAGGGAUUUCCAUGUUGAAAUUGACAUUGCCAGUCCAGCUUCAGCCAGAUUCUAUCGCAUUGUUACGCAAUCCAGAUUGGAUCUUAUUGUUGCUGUUGGGGGAGUUAUUGGGCUCUUCAUUGGUGCAUCUCUGCUCAAUAUCUUGGAAGUCAUUUCUAUGAUUCUGCAAAAAACUAAGCUAUUGAUUUGGCACUAAAUGAAAAUGA